AAUGUAACGUUUUAACAGCGCGUCAUGUCCGUAAACAAACAGGCAGAGCUCACAACCUCUUGUACCGCGGGAGAGGGGGGGAAAUUGCUGCACAACAACUGCUCUGUCCGGAAAGAAGACGGUGUUCGCGGGAAUGAUGCAUCGGUUUACGCAAUGUAAAACCAAUACAAGUGACCGACGGACCUUCUAGCCGCGUGGUGACAUUGAACAUGCGGAGACGGAAUACGGAAUGACUGGCAGCCUCCCUGCGAGCGGGGUGGACACGUCGGCUCCCGGGCUGUUGAUAAAUAGCAGUGCGGCCGCUGCCCCUCCAGCUGCUGGCGGAGCCCUUUAACUGUGUGUGACAGCCGCAGCUCAAGCCUGCUGGUGUACAAACCCGCUGCAUCCAACCCAGCAUCGGCCCGGCGCUGCUGAACUCCGACAACAACAUUAUUCUCCCGCUACCUCCAGACUCUGUAGCCUCGAAGGGUCUAUGCAUGGGCUGCCCUUUUUGGAUUGCUCGAAAAAUAAAAAAUAAACAUUCGGGCCAGGAGCUAGCUCAUAAGAGAGAAGAUGCCUUUCAGUAAUGAGAAACAUUCCUUGAAUGAUGAAUCAUUGAACAGUGAUGCUGAAUCUUGUGAGCGGUCAGAUAGUGUCAAUUCUUCCAGUGACUAUGAAAAUGCUCGACAAAGCUUCAGCAGUGAUUCUUCCAGCAAGCCAAGCUCACCAGCCUCAAGCCCUCCUAAAAUGGUUUCUUUUGAUGAUCUAAUAGAAACUGCAAAUGGAUUGUCAAAAUUGACUCUCGCUCAUGAAAUAGUUAUGAACAGCAACUUUCAAAUGAAAUCAAUUGAUCUUCCUCCACAAAGUUUACAGAGGAGAGUAAAAGAAAUAGUUCACAGAGCAUUCUGGGAUUGCUUGGAGGCUCAGCUGAACAAGGACCCCCCUGAAUAUGAUCAUGCCCUCUUGCUUUUGGGAGAAAUUAAAGAGAUACUACUAUCAUUUUUGAUACCUGGCCAAAAUAGACUUCGAAACCAGAUCUCUGAGGUCCUUGAUUUGGAUCUAAUUCAACAACAGGCUGAACACAAUGCUAUUGAUAUUCAUAAACUGGCUGACUAUAUAAUCACACUAAUGGGCAAGUUUUGCGCCCCAGUUCGGGAUGAUGAAGUCAAAAAAUUAAAAUCACUUUCAGAAAUAGUGCCACUGUUCAGAGAGAUAUUUCAUGUCCUUGAUUUGAUGACUAUGGAUAUGGUCAACUUCACCAUUCAAUAUAUUCGGCCGCACGUCCAACAAUGUUCUGUAGACUAUGAACGAAGCAAAUUUCAGGAUUUUCUCAACAAACAGCCCAAUGCCCUUGAUCACACAAUUCAGUGGCUAAAGGAAUCUAUUGCCGAAGUUGCAGCAUUGUGGCCCUCAGAGCCAUCAUCCUCUGGCACCAAUGGAAGUUCCAGUCUUUCUCUGAGCCCAUCUUCUGUAUUAAACAAUGGUUAUUUGAAAUUGUUGCAGUGGAACUACAACAGUAAGCCAGUACCUGAGACUCUUUUGACUGAUCAAUCACGUCUCCAAAAACUCCAGCAAAGACUUAACGAGCAAAGACUUGUAGCGUAUCUAAUGCUGAUCAUCUGCAACAUUGGGGGAGCAACUCUCUCAAGCCUACCAGACUUCUGUGACAAAGUAAAGCGAGUUAUAAUGGUCCUACUUGAAGGCAUGAAUGACAAAAAUUUCAACUUAGAAGAAACACUUAAAACCAUAAGUGUAAAGGUCUGUUCUGAGAUAAGCCAAGCCUUAGUUGAAUGUGGUUACCCUGAGCUUAAUAAUGAAAAUCAAGGGAACCUCACAGGACAAAUUUGCAACAUAAAGGAGGAGGGAAAUCCUGUCCGCACCUUAAUGAAUAACCGGAUUGAGCUAUACAUGAAAAACAUGCUCAGUGUAGAGAAUCAGCAGAAGUCUAUACCUGUCCCGGGAGGUCUGGAACCCAUUCAAGCUGAACUGGAAGAGAUUGGAUCCCAGUAUGUCUGUAUUGUUAAAUACAACAGGCAGGUGUAUGGGCCAUUUUACUCAGGCAUUCUGCGAAAAUUACUGUUCAGUAAUCUUACAACAACCGGCACAACGUCAUCAGAUUCUCCUUGAAAGGGGAAGGUUAAUAAAAGGGAGCACGCCUGUUUGGUUUGUAGUGUUUUGUAUUGCACCGUUGACUGUAUUGAAUGGUGUUAUCGGCAUAUUACUUAAAUAUAUUUGGCUAAUUGCAUAUAUAUAUAUAACAUUUAGUAUUCUUUCUCAAAGUCACCAAAUUAUAUAAAUUUAUAUAAUAAAAUCACUUGAACCCUAAAUUUAUACAUUUUGUUUGUAAGUCUGACCUUGUAGAGAUUGUUUAAAUUGGCAUCACUUUUAACUCAUACCCUGAUCAUCAAGCUGUUUAGUAUUUUUCUAUUAAGUAUUUAAGAUUCAAAACCUCUUUUUGGUAAGUACAUUAAUACUCGUGUGAUGCCCAUGGCAAUAUGGUGGUUGUAAAAACUGAAAAUAAGCAUCACUUUAGACAGUGACACGAAACAAAUCGGAUGGAAUCGGUUUUAAUUAUGAGGAUGAACCAGACUGGUUGCGACCUUAGUUUACACAAGAAUAAGAGUAAAUAUAUCUUAAUUGUAUUGAUACUGAGAAGAAUCUAUGUUAAGAUAACUUUGGAGUCUAAGAAAAUUCUUAGAGUUGUUUUCUGCACUCACCUUCAAAAUGUUUUACCAUUUUUGUGAUCCUCUGUAAAUUGCUGAUUCCAUUUCAGGAAACCAUGAAAUCAAACGAUUGAGAAAUUAUUGAUAUGCUUUUAAAUAAUAUUUAGUCUAUUCCUACAAGAACAGUAAAAUGGAUGUCUCCAUUGUACUGUUUAACGUCCUUCAGUUAGAUUCCUCUUUGAUUACUAUUGAAAUGGCUCAUAUCAAAGUCAUGUGAUGACAACAAUGCAAAUUUAUAAAGCAAGUUUACUAUAAUAAAAUACACCAGGACUCUUGACAAAAAAAACCUAUCAAAUAAAAUUUGACAUUGAUUGCAUGGAAGAUAUUGGAAGGCUUUAUCAAAGGUGUCUUUUAUACUAUGUUAAAUGGAGAAGAAUUUGAAAAUGACAAUUUUAAGAACUAAAGUGUGGCUUUAUCAGAACCCAUGGCAGGUCAGCAAUCUCACGUGAGAAAGUUAAUGUUAAUCUCCCUCUUCCCUCGUCCUUACAAAACUACUUUGAGACACCCGUAUACUACUACAACAGAAGUUCCUCAUCAGACCUCGUCACCGAUGUCUUUUUUUCCCCCUUUUGUGACAUUCCAUAAUUUUUUUCCCCAAACAUUUGAUUACUGGCCUUAAUAUCUGUGAGUGAUUUAGUAUCAUUCUUUUUCUGUUUUUUUAAUUUUGGGUUUAAUGUUAUGUCAUCAGCAGCUCACUUACCUGGGUUUUUUUGCAAGUAUUUUAUGACCAUUUGAAACGUGAAAGUAGUUUCAACAUAAAAAGUGGUGCUAAUUGUUAGAUGUAAUUGGUUUGGGUUCAUUGUAUAUACUUUUAUUCUGCAUAGAAUGGUUUCUAGUUUAAACUUCAUGGAAGAGGGAGGGUAUGUAAUCCAAUUGCAUGUAUUUCAUUUUCAUAAUUUCAGUAGGUUGGAGCAUGGUUCUUUAAUUUGUUAAACACGAGACCUAGAACUGUAUUUUGUACAUGUGUAUCUUGACAUUUACAUUGUAGGCCUACUGACGUGUACUGGAGUCAAGUUUAAUGUUAAUUGACGAAUAGUAAUAUUUAAAUCAAAAUAAUUAUUUUGUAAUUUUAAAGUAGCAGGUUUGUAAGCCGGUAAUUUUCUAGCUUUAGAUAUUGAAAUAUUGAAUUGAACAAGAUUUGGAAGAAUACUUUUCUGCUAUUCACCUGUGGCUUUUCUUGGGUAACUUUCCCAAAAAGUGCACAAUGUGUGUGUGUGUGUGUGUGUGUGCUUUGCACCUCUACAUACAUGCCACUCAAUUCAUUGAAUAAGUGUGCUUUACAUGUGGAGAGAGUUUUGUGUUUUGCAAGUUAAAAUCAUUUUAGAAGUCAUUUAAGUUUGUACUGGCCAGAUUUUCAGCUCUACUGUUCAGAAAUUAAGCAGUAACAUUAUGGAAUAUCUAUCUAUGCUAUUUCUAACAGUCUCAUCUUGACCACUUCCUGUCUACAUUGUAAAUAAAUUUUAGAAAAAAACGCUAC